GUUUGCACCAUUAACCGACUUUUGAACAUUGAAUACAAAUUGAAGAAACUCAAAAUCAUGAACAGUUUUGUGACUUUGGCCAUUUUGGUGGCUUUUGGAGUUCUGGGGGUGUGUCAAGCAGUUUCGGUUCAAGAAGAUGUGACCCUUACUCGCAAACAGAAAGCGGUCUUGGACCAGUUCAAAGAAUCAGUUAAGGGACGACUUCCCCAGGAAUACAUGUACGAAGACAUUUAUCUCAUUAGAUGGUUGAGGGCGAAGGAUUUUCGACUUAAAGAUGCUGAGAACAUGAUUAUGCAGAACGUCGCAUGGCGAAAGGAAAACCAAAUGGACAACGUCUUAAAGGAAGAUUGGUCCGACUUUCGCAAAGAGUACAAAUACUGGAUCGACGGCGUCGACAAGGAGGGACGCCCAAUUCUGAUUAUUGACGUUGGAGAGUGGGACCUUCGCAAGGCUUCUGUGACUGGACAGGCUAAAAGGUUGGGUCGUUAUAUUGACUCCAUUUACGAAGAAAUUAACGAAAAAGUGAGGACGAUGAGAUUAGUCGAAGGAAAGAAUGUGACACAGUAUCUACAUAUAUUCGAUCUCGGAGGCUUUAAUUUAGCGCAAAUGGGGUGUUCCACGUGCAUUCCUUUGGCUACUCGAGUCGUAACGACGUAUGAAACUCAUUAUCCAGGAAAUCAACACAAGACUGUCCUGGUGAACACUCCCGGGCCGUUCCAAACGCUUUUGCAGAUUCUCAGACCCCUCAUGUCCCAGAACACUCGGGACACCCAGUUCAUUUACGGAAAGAAGGAGGAAGGGGCGGAAGCCCUGUUGAAGGACAUUAACGCAGAUCAGUUGGCCGUCGAAUUUGGUGGAACCAGAGUGCUGCCAAACUAUUCUUAAAUUAGAGACGACUACGAACAAGUUAUUUAUUAUUUAUUCAGCUAUUUAUGUAACUACUCAGUCAGUAAUUCAGCUAGUUUUGAGAGAACAAAUAAAACAACCUCCUCAUUAGAAAGUGUGCA